GAGGACACUGUGAAUACGAGCGAGCGGGAGAGUGAGAGAGAGAAUGAGGAGAAUGUUUGAGGCAGAGAUGCUCUACUGUGACUGUGUCACACUAGCCUAGACUGGGACCCACUCAGCUGUGCCGAUGUCUGUGUUGUGUGGACAGGGUUGUGUCAGCGUCUUUGUUCAAGAUGUGUUGGAUUGCCAAAGCAGCCUAUUGGAAAAGUCCUUAAAGUCCUUUCAAAACAGGAUUGUGGAUUAGCUCAACGAUUUGAAAUCCAGAAGCAUUUUUAUAUGAAGGUGGUUUGGAUUUUGUUGAACCCUCAAAGUGAAACUUGAUUUUUUUUUUUCCUGCAGGUGAAAUGCAACAGCUCUGUAAUCGCAUGCACCAGAGCUUCAAGGUUCUGGUCAGCAUCUGAGGCACCCCCAUUCUGAGGGAUGUUAUCUCGGAGUCAUUCCAAAGAGCAAGAUGAAACAAAUGGGUCAGGUGAAAUUCAGCAAAGAAUGUCCAAGAAAAGAGAACUUGGCAAAAAGAGGACCCAGAGUCCCAAGGUCAGUCGGAGCAUACGCAAGAAGAUCCAGAAAUUCCUCCAGGGAUCAGGGGAAUACACUGCCUAUGACUCCCAGCACUCUCCCGUGGAGAUAGAGGAUGAUAUGUUCAUCUGUGGCAUUAAGAGAGAUCCCUCUACUCAAGAGUGUACUCUUUCAACUCAGCGUAGUUUUGAAAGUCAAACUAAAACCUCUAAGAGUGCUGUUAUUAGGCAGGGGAGGCGUAAUAGUGAUGGCAGUAUCACUAUUCCAUCCAUCCUGGGAAUUAACAAAUUAGAGCCCAAAGAUCAAGCAGAAGAGAGUGAGUGUGUAGAUGGAAGAGGUGCCAUGGAUAAUAAACCAAGCCGAAGUACAGACAAUGACAAAAAAAGAGAAGUAGGGUCAAGCACCAUAGUGGAGCAUAUUUUGAAGGAGCUGCAGGGGAUUAAUAAAAUCCAAGAAGAGAUAUCAGAUUUGCGUCAAUACCUGACGUCUGUAAGUGGCUCAGUAGAUGAGGUGUCUUGCUGCGUAGAUGCUGUACUGUUGGAAAUUGAGGAGCUGUAUUCAGUUGGUGCUAUAGGGAAUCCAUCGCCUCGAAGAGUUGUGGCUUAUCAAAGAAGUCCAGGUAGGCAGAAUGCUGUUCCUCUCUUACAAAGCAGAAAUAGUAGCCCGGUAGUAAAGCAUAGAAAACUGGAGAAGAAUAAAAGUAGACCUCUAUCGGCUACAGCGAAUGUGUCAGGGUGGGAUGAGGAAACAGAUUAUAAAGAUGUACCCAGAAGAACUAAGUUACACAAUCCCAAAACUUCUGACAACUUGGAUGCACACUGUUCCAGGUUUAAGAAGUCAAGCUAUUGUCAUCUUUAUGGGCAAGAGUUUACAAGCACUAGUUCCUUAUGCUCAGGUCACAGUUCUAACAGUCGAGAUCAAGAAGGAAGUUAUUAUUCUAGAGAGGCAGCCCAAGCAAACAGUGGUUGGACAUGUUCAGAAAUGCAGUUGAGCGCGAGUAGAAGAGGAGGAUGGAGUGGAGACACUGGAUGGAGUGAGGAGGAUUACUGCUCCUGCCAGAACAGUGCAGACGAAUUGGAAACUGUUGAACACCCAGAUACAUGGUACAGGUACAAUGGAGGUGAGACAAGUCAUUCAUCACAUAGCAGCUCUGAACACCUAUCCCUACUGUUUGGAAACCAUGGUUCCCCAUCCAGCUCAUCCAGUGUUGUAGAUUGGAGGCAUCCUAAGAAUCAAACUAUCAGUGACAUUGGCUGCGACUGUACAUCAAAUUGCAUGUACUCACGGAGUUCUGGAUACCACACCAUGGAUGCAUAUGCUGAUGAAUCCUGUAGUGGGCCUUCUCGAAGCCUUAGUUGUUCAACAGUUGGAAUGACAGACUAUGAUGACGGUUGCCCAAAUCUACUCUCUUCUUGUGAGCAUUGCCUCUGUGAUGUGGAUUCAGAGAAAGGCUGGUCAGAAGGGGCUUGCACAGAUAUGUAUGACCCAGAUUACUCUGAAAAUACAGACACUGAAGAUUCACAGCCAUCUAAUCUAGGAUAUGAUGUUGUAAAGAUAAGUAAAGCCAUGCUAACUUUCCACUCCGCUUUAAGGGGAGCCUUGACCAAGCUUGACACACCUGAAUAUCAGUGUCUAGAUGAGGACACUAAGUCUGCAGUCCCAAGUCCAUGCAAAUCCAAUGACCUUGAGGAGGAUAGCACCACAUUCAGUGAAUCAAACGUGGACAUUGUUGAACCUUCUGAAGGUGCAAUUUUAGAUCUCAGUGUGUCUCCUCAAAAAGGCAUUGAAGAUUCAUUCCAUGGUAAAGACUUCCAGGAAUUACUAAACCGGCAACGUAAUUCUCAAGCCUUUGAUCCUCUACUAUCGACUCCAAGUACGAUUUCCCCUUCACAUACUCCAAAUGAACACUAUGCAUUGGACCACUUCGAUAAUGUAGAGGAACCUCUAUCAGAUCAGAAACUGCAGUGUACUCCAGAGCUUAGCUCAAAACAGUUGGAUUUGAGUUCAGGGAAUGUUGAUUUUUGUGCUCAACAAAUGGCAUUUGGCUCAGGUAAUAUUAACAUAAGUCCAGAGGGCACCAGUUUAGGAACACUGGAGACAGAUGUUAAUGGAAAACAGGCGGAGCAUAGUCUUGACAAUGAACCUUCCCUUGAAGACCCUCACCACCAGAAGUGCCUUGCCAAUAUUCAACGUGUGCUCAAAGAGAAGAGACAUCGACAUAGAUUGUCCAGGAUUGCCAAUGCCUCAAAGAACACUUUCUCUGAGGAGGAAUUUAAACAAGAGGGAAGCAGGGAAGAUGACCAGGGAAAAGAAAAUGGAGAUAAUUCAAGACAUGCUUGGAUCAAAGCUGGAAAUGGGAGUGGAAUAUUUGGGAUUGACAGUAUGCCAGACCUUCGUAAGAAAAAAGCUAUUCCUCUGGUUAGCGAUGUGGCUAUGUCUCUGGUCCAAGCCAGGAAGGCUGGCAUUGCAUCUGCGAUGGCCUCACGCUCCUCCAUAAAAGAUGAGGAACUGAAGAACCAUGUAUAUAAGAAAACACUGCAAGCUUUAAUCUACCCCAUUUCUUGUACAACACCUCACAACUUUGAGAUAUGGACGGCCACAACACCCACCUACUGUUAUGAGUGUGAGGGGCUUCUAUGGGGUAUUGCACGUCAGGGCAUGCGCUGCACAGAGUGCGGGGUCAAAUGUCACGAGAAGUGUCAGGAGCUGCUGAAUGCAGAUUGCCUACAGCGCGCGGCUGAAAAGAGCUCCAAACAUGGUGCCGAGGACCGCACUCAGAACAUCAUUAUGGCCAUGAAGGAUCGCAUGAAGAUCCGUGAGAGAAACAAGCCUGAGAUCUUUGAGGUCAUCCGAGAUGUAUUUGUGGUCAGCAAGGCUAUCCAUGCUCAGCAGAUGAAGACCAUCAAGCAGAGCGUCCUGGAUGGAACUUCUAAGUGGUCAGCCAAGAUCACUAUCACAGUUGUCUGUGCUCAAGGACUGCAGGCUAAAGAUAAGACCGGCUCCAGUGACCCCUACGUGACUGUCCAGGUGGGUAAAACCAAAAAGAGAACCAAGACGAUCUACGGCAACCUCAAUCCUGUCUGGGAGGAAAAGUUUCAUUUUGAGUGCCACAACUCCUCUGAUCGCAUCAAAGUUCGUGUUUGGGAUGAAGAUGAUGACAUAAAGUCACGAGUGAAGCAGCGCUUGAAAAGGGAGUCUGAUGACUUCCUGGGCCAAAGCAUCAUUGAGGUUCGCACACUGAGUGGAGAAAUGGACGUGUGGUACAACCUUGAGAAAAGAACAGACAAGUCUGCUGUUUCUGGUGCAAUCCGUCUUCAGAUCAGUGUGGAAAUAAAGGGUGAAGAAAAAGUGGCCCCCUACCAUGUCCAGUACACCUGUCUACAUGAGAACCUCUUCCACCACAUCACAGAUGUCCUUGGUCAGGGUGUUGUGAAAAUCCCAGAAGCUCGUGGCGAUGAUGCCUGGAAGGUGUACUUUGACGAUGUACCACAGGAGAUAGUGGAUGAAUUUGCAAUGCGCUAUGGAAUUGAAUCCAUCUACCAGGCCAUGACGCACUUUGCAUGUCUCUCAUCUAAGUAUAUGUGUCCCGGGGUCCCUGCUGUGAUGAGCACCCUGCUGGCCAACAUUAACGCCUACUACGCCCACACCACUGCAUCCACCAAUGUCUCUGCUAGCGACAGAUUUGCUGCAUCCAACUUUGGGAAAGAAAGGUUUGUGAAGCUGUUGGAUCAGCUGCACAAUUCCCUGCGUAUUGACCUCUCAAUGUAUCGAAACAACUUCCCUGCAAGCAGUAAGGAGCGUUUGCAGGACCUAAAAUCCACAGUGGACCUCCUGACCAGCAUUACCUUUUUCAGAAUGAAGGUCCAAGAAUUGCAGAGUCCUCCAAGAGCCAGUCAGGUUGUGCGAGACUGUGUCAAAGCCUGCCUCAACUCUACGUAUGACUACAUCUUUAACAACUGUCAAGAGCUGUACAGUCGUCAAUAUCCUCAGAUCGGAGACACGCAUAAGGAGGAGUGUAUUCCGGAAGAUCAGGGCCCAAGCAUCAAGAAUUUAGAUUUCUGGCCCAAACUCAUUACUCUAAUAGUGUCCAUCAUUGAGGAGGACCGUAACUCCUAUACACCUGUUCUAAACCAGUUUCCUCAGGAGCUGAAUGUGGGAAAGUUGAGUGCGGAGGUCAUGUGGAAUCAGUUCUCUCAAGAUAUGAAGUAUGCCAUGGAAGAACAUGAAAAACACCGGCUGUGUAAGAGCGCAGACUACAUGAACCUGCACUUCAAGGUCAAAUGGCUGUAUAAUGAAUAUGUGAAGGAUCUGUCAGCUUUCAAGGGUGUUGUGCCCGAAUACCCCGUGUGGUUCCAGCAGUUUGUGCUGCAGUGGCUGGAUGAGAACGAGGAUGUAUCCAUGGAGUUCAUGCAUGGAGCCCUGGAGAGAGAUAAAAAAGAUGGAUUCCAGCAGACGUCAGAGCAUGCUCUCUUCUCCUGUUCAGUGGUGGACGUCUUCACCCAGCUCAACCAGAGCUUUGAAAUCAUCAAGAAAUUGGAGUGUCCUGACCCCAAAGUCAUGGCCCUCUACAGCCGUCGGUUUGCCAAGACUAUUGACAAAGUUUUGCUACAGUACAGUGCCAUUUUGAAGAAGAGCUUCCCGUCCUAUUGUGAUAAGGAGAAGAUUCCAUGCGUCUUGAUGAAUAAUGUCCAGCAGUUGCGUGUUCAGCUUGAGAAGAUGUUUGAAUCUAUGGGUGCCAAACAGUUAGACACAGAGGCCAGUGACAUCCUGAAUGAUCUCCAGGUCAAGCUGAACAACGUUUUGGAUGAGCUGAGCAGCACCUUUGGAAACACUUUCCAAAGCCGCAUUGAUGACUGCAUGCGUCAGAUGGCCAGUCUGCUGUACCAGAUCAAGGGUCCUGUGAACGCCAACAACCGUAACCAGGUGGAGGCCGACUCUGAUAACAUGCUGCGGCCACUGAUGGACUUCCUUGAUGCAAAUCUGAUGCUAUUUGCCUCGGUGUGUGAGAAAACCGUGUUGAAGCGAGUGCUGAAGGAGCUGUGGAGAAUUGUGAUGAACAGUCUUGAGAAGACCAUCAUCCUUCCUCAGGGCAAUGACACCUUUGGAAUGAUCUUUUCAGCAGCCAAAGAAUUGGGUCAGCUCUCUAAACUCAAGGAUCACAUGUCUGGUGAAGCUAAAAGCUUGACGCCCAAGCAGUGUGCUGUCAUGGAUGUCGCCCUUGAUACCAUAAAGCAAUAUUUCCAUGCUGGAGGAAACGGACUGAAGAAGGUGUUCUUGGAGAAGAGUCCUGAACUGUCCUCUCUGAGACACGCACUGUCCCUCUAUACACAAACCACCGACACACUUAUCAAGACGUUUGUCACUACUCAGCAUGCUCAAGUGCAUAAUGGAAAGGGUAUGAGGAUAACACCUAGUGAGAAAAUACAGCCAUCUAGGGGCUCAGGAGUUGAUAAACCAGUAGGGGAAGUAUCCAUACAGAUUGACCUCUUCACUCACCCAGGCACAGGAGAACAUAAAGUUACGGUUAAAGUUGUGGCGGCUAAUGAUCUGAAGUGGCAGACGUCUGGGAUGUUCCGGCCGUUUGUGGAGGUCACCAUGAUUGGCCCUCAUCUCAGCGACAAAAAGCGCAAGUUCACCACCAAAUCAAAAAACAACAGCUGGGCACCCAAAUUCAAUGAGACCUUCCAUUUUAUUCUUGGGAAUGAGGAUGGGCCAGAGUGUUAUGAGCUGCAGGUGUGUGUGAAGGACUACUGCUUUGGCCGUGCAGACCGUGUGGUUGGUAUUGCAGUUAUACAGCUGCGUGAUGUUGCGCCGAAGGCCAGCUGUGCCUGCUGGUGUCCUCUUGGCCCACGGAUACACAUUGAUGACACGGGCCUUACCGUCAUGCGCAUCCUCUCCCAGCGCUCAGGUGAUGAGGUUGCUAAAGAGUUUGUUAAACUCAAGUCUGACACACGCUCGGCCGAGGAGGGGAGGUGAGGAUGUUUCUACAGCGGAAGACAAUCUCAGACUCUUAAGUGUUGGACGGACAUUAACACUGUCACCUUUUUGUAUCCACACCAAUGUUUUUGCUGCCCACUUACGUCCACAGAGAAGGGCUUUUAGGGACACGAGAAGCCAUGUGACAUGUUUCAUAAAGAGCACUGUUAGUAUGGCAGUGGAUGAGAGGGAGUCAUCCAGAAGAAAGAUUGAACACAAUAUCUAUUCAAUUUAUUGAUAUAAAAAACACACACUCAUAUCCAGCCGCUAAUAAACUAGCAAGGGUAGACUAGUCAGGGUAGAUACCAGUAGUGAGGGAUAGGCAUACAGGUUGCAUUGGGCCAGAAUUUUGUCUAAUAUUUUUUUGACCAUUGGGUAUUUAUUUAUUUAUUUAUUUAUUUACAAAUGGAUCAAUCUCAUGGAAACAUUUAGCUAAAAAAUUAAAUAAUGAAUAAAUAUAAAAUAUAAUUACAUUUUACAUUAAAUAUAAUCAACAUGAUUAUACAUUAAAUAAAUGCAAUUACAAUAUUAACGCAAUAUUGCCUUUAUGAUGAAUUAAGUUAAUGAAUAUGUAUUUGAUAUGCUGUAAUAUGUUACUGUGAGUAAGUACUGUGAUUUUAAAUAUGAGUGUUUGAUAUAUAUAUAAAAAUAAUAUUUAUUAUUUAAUUAUAACAAAUGUAAUUCACAAUGGAAAUAAUCUCUCUCUAAAUAGAAUUUUUGUAUUUUGGAGUUUUUAUUUUAAGCAUCCAUUUUUGAUGUUUUGAUACAUUUUUAUAAUAAUUGAAAAAGUAAAACCAGACAUGCAUAUCCCUCACAAAUAUGCUUGGUCGAUCCCUGACUUAAGGUCAUUUAGGACACAUAACCAGUAGAUGGCACUGUAAGUGUGCUGGGUCAUUAUUUUGGUAGUGACUGUCACAGAAUAGACAUUCCACAUUCAUUUGUGCGCUUUUUCUCUGUAAACACCCCUUUUGCCAUGUGUUUAUUGCCUUAUUUGGUUGAUGCUGUGAAUGUGUCAAGUUGUAAUGUAAUUAAUAUGAUUGUAAGGAUCAUUGUGGCUCAAGAGACAGUGUUUGUGUCCUAAGGGCCAUAUCUCAUUCACUUAGUGUUGUGGAGUGAUUCGUUGCAUGAAUGAACCAAAAUAAAAAAUCGUGCUGGACAACUAGGAAAGGAGGGAGGGUUUGUAGAGCGACGUCAAAUACAUUUCACUCCAUUUCCAAGUCAGCUCACAGCAUAACACAUUUGUCAGCCGAAAGUGUGCCUUUCAGGCUUUGUGACCGCUCAGAUUAUGGAUGACCUGUUUUGCAUCUCUCUUACAGUCACCAUUCAUUUAAAAUGUGAGCGGUACUUUGGCCAUCCUCUACGACCAGUAGGUGGCAGCAAUAAUCUUAAGUUCGCAUUCACACCUGCUUCACCAGCCACAGUAUUGAAGCUAAAAUGCGUUUAAUGGGGUGUUGUUUAAUAUUUUUCAAUACUCUAUGUAUUAGAAUGAAAGCGCUGAGAAAUCUGCAUCAGCUGAGGAGAGGAAAUACGAACGUAAAAAAAAUAUCAGAUCAAGCUCAAAUGUCACCACUGAUCAAUAAAAGAUGACUGCAUGUUGUUGUUUUUUUUUUUCAUUUCAAAGUGGCCUUAUUUGUUCUCGCGUUUUCUAUUUAAACUAUUUUAACUUUUUUCCUUUUUAAGUAAAUGGGAGUUCUUUUUUCUGUGAAGUCUUCAUGUUACUACGUUUUUUUUUGUUUCAAAUGAUUUUCUUUAGUUGUUAAUUGAGAAAUUUUAUACUGUUGUGCUUAGUUUUGCAAGAAACGACAACAAAAACAAAGGAAAAAGACAGUAACACUAGAUUUGUCUCCUCAUUUGUUGCCUGUGCGAAAGUCUCACCUUGUUAAUCCAAAUUUCAAUGUAUAAAUAUUGUAUUUUUCACCAAACACUGCCAAUAUGUAAAUGUAUGUUGAUUGCCAAUCGUUAUUGUGACUGUUGAACCUGUUAUUUCUGCACAUUUCUCACUUCUAACUGUGUCACUUUAUAUACUGUUACCGUUGUUUAGGCCAGCACUGUAUUUUAGGAGGGAACUAUCACUCUUUGUAAUAUACACAUUCCUCGUGCCAACUUGUGGAAGUUCUCACUUUAUUUUUAAACUCUUGAAACACUACUGACAGCUAAUACUGGCAUGUACGGGACUUGACUCCGUUUCCUCACAUUUUUGAAGUUACAUUGGUAUUGUACACAGUCACUGACAAGAAAAAAAUGUGUUAUUAAUAUGUAUAUGUGCACAUUCCAACACAUGAAUUUAUACAUAAAGUCUCUUAAACCGA